AGACAGCUUUUGCCACUCGGACCCCUUGGGGGAGAAGGGGAGAGGGGGGAGGUGAGCCUCAUCACUGGCAGAUUUCUGGAUUUGUUUAAGAACUUCCAUGAAGCGCCAGGACGCAGCGAUGGAGGAUUCUGGACGCGUUUUAACAUCAAGGGACUGCAGCGGCCGGUGUGCGAUGCGAACUGAGCCGUGGGUGGUGUAGACCCCCUUUUUCCGAGCACAACACACACACCCGUCGCUUUAUCUAUAUCUUCCAAACGGGACGCGCAGCCUUGUUUCACUCCACCCGGGGAACAUGUCCCGGGCAGCGGCUAUAGCGAGCUCCCUGAUCCGCCAGAAGCGCCAGGCGAGGGAGAAGGCGAAUGCGUGCCGUGGCAGCCCGAGCAACAGCAAAGGAACCAGCGAGAAGCCGAGCAAGCUGAAUGUGUUCUCCCGUGUCAAAUUGUUUGGAUCGAGGAAGAAACGGAAGAGAAAGCGACCACCAGAGCCCCAGCUAAAGGGCAUAGUGACCAGGCUCUCCUGCAGCCAGGGCUUCCAGCUGCAGAUGCAGCCUGAUGGCAUCAUCGAUGGAACAAAGGAUGAAGACAGCACCUACGCUGUGUUCAACCUGAUCCCGGUGGGGCUUCGUGUCGUGGCCAUCCAGGGCGUGCAGAUCAAACUCUAUCUGGCGAUGAACAACGAAGGCUUUCUCUACACCUCUGAACAUUUUACCCCGGAGUGUAAGUUCAAGGAGUCGGUGUUUGAGAACUACUACGUCACCUACUCCUCCAUGCUGUACCGGCAGCAGGCCUCAGGUCGAGCCUGGUACCUCGGACUCAACAAGGAGGGGGGGAUCAUGAAGGGGAACCACGUCAAGAAGAACAAGGCCGCUGCACACUUUAUACCGAAACCACUCAAAGUGGCCAUGUACAGGGAGCCCUCCCUCCAUGACCUGACAGAACUCUCUCGGUCCGGCAGCGGCACACCAACCAAGAGUCGCAGCGCUUCGGCCAUACUUAAUGGCGGAGGGAAGUCGCCCAGCAACAACGACUUAUCCUAGCCCCCCACCCUUCACACACACCCACAGACACGCACGCACACACACACAGAUCUCAGGCCGACAUGCCCACACAUCAGGCUGGUGUGGGGUAGGAGGAGGCGAGGAGAAAAUACGAAGGAGAACAGGAGUGUUAUCUUCCACUUAACGGAGCCCACUGUGACUGACUGUGAUGUAAAUAAAUCAAGGACAAUCAAUCCGUCUGCUGCUCCGGCCUGCAGGGGGACGAGAACCUUCCUUUGAAUACCCUUCCCACUGUAUCAUACCCAGAGAGGACAAGGGAGGGAGAUGGAGCAACGCAAGAGGGAUAGAGAGAGUCAGUCAGUCACAUAAUUAGAUAAACAGACUGUUACAGAGAACCAAAGAGUCCAAGUAUUAACUAGGUGGUUGAAGGGAAAAGUGGUAAGAUAGUUAGAGUGACACAGGAAGUAUUUAUCUAUUCUACCAUAUGCUAUGUUUACACAGAGCUCAUGGGGUUAAGUCAUAUUUUUAAAAAGUGACAAACGUAUUCCAUGUUCACUUGUGAGGACUGAUCCUUUGUUUGCAUGCAGGCGCGCCCGUGUGUGUGCGUGUGUGAGUGGUUGAGCACACGCUGUGCUUGUAGUAGGAGUGUGUGGGCAAGCGAGUGUGUAAGCGUGCAUGUGUCUGGGGGGUGGGUGGGUGGAGGUGGGGUGUACCUUUUUAAGAUCUGUUGUAUAUCAGACAAACCUCCUGAGGGCUUUAACAGGUUAAAAUAAGGUUGUUAUAUACAAUAAUACUCUAAAUGCUUCCAUGCUUACUUCUUACAAGCAAUGCCGUUGUUUAUCUUUCUGUUUGUUGUUGUCGUCCCCUUGCUGUUUGUUUGUUUGUUUGUUGUUGCAUGGAAGCUUGUGGACCUCUGCUCAGUAGCAGCAUGCUGAAGGUCAGUUUUUUUUUCUGGUCUUACGUGUUCCUGACCUAAGGAGAACACUAGUGAGCCAAUAGUGUCAUACCAGAACACUAGUGAACCAAUGGGAGGGUGACAGAACACUACUGGACCAAUAGUAUUGCACCAGAACGUGAAUGGACCAAUGGUGUUGGACCAGAACCAGAACCACCUGGACCAAUGGGAGCACAGAUUCAUUUACUAUUUUUGUUCCUGCUGUGGACAAACUAGAAAUGCACUAAAUAAACUAUUUCU